AUGGAGGCUGGAACCUUCUGCAAGCUCAAGGAGAUUCCGCCGGUGCUGACGGCGUCCAGUUUGAUUGACGUCUGUCUAUCCAAGACGCAGCGAAAGACGCCCACGGAAAUCCACCGAAAAAGCGCGCUGGCAGCCAUAAAAAAGUUCUACAUGCGAAAAAUCAAGUUCGGCUCUCAGACCUUUGUAGAAAAACUCAAGGAAAUUGUGGAUGGAUUCCCCAAACUCGAUAGCAUCCAUCCGUUUUAUUCGGAUUUGCUGAACAUUCUGUACGACCGAGACCACUACAAACUUGCGUUGGGGAUGCUGUCGACGACGGUGCGCCGCAUCGAGAAGAUCGCCAAGGAGUAUGUCACCCUCGCGAAAUACGCGGACGGUCUGUACAAAUGCAAAAGCCUGAAGGUUGCAGCCCUCGGUCGCAUGUGCACGCUCGUUAAGAAACUCGCGCAGCCGCUUCAGUACCUGGAGGAAGUUCGCCAGCACAUGUCUCGACUGCCUUCCAUCAACCCAGUCACGCGAACACUUCUUCUUACGGGCUACCCGAAUGUAGGGAAAAGCUCUUUCAUCAACAGCGUCUCGAACGCGAAUGUCGACGUCCAACCGUUCGCCUUCACCACCAAGUCGCUCUUUGUCGGCCACUUUGACUUCCUCUACAACCGCUGGCAGAUCAUCGACACUCCGGGAAUUCUCGAUCAUCCCCUGGACGAGCGAAACUUGAUUGAAAUGCUGGCCAUCACGGCGCUGACGCACAUUCAGAGCGUCGUCGUCUUCAUGCUGGACAUCAGCGAAGAGUGCGGCUACACGAUCGAGAGCCAAGUGAGUCUCUUUCAGUCGCUCCUCGUGCUCUUCAAGAAUAAGCCGAUCCUCGUGGUGCUGAACAAAACCGACAAAAUGCGGCUUGCCAACCUCUCGCCCGAGCACCGGGAACUCAUUCGAACCAUGGGAAAAGACCGCACCGUGGAGUUCGUUGAGGCGUCAACGCUCACUGGUGCGGGCGUCGACGACGCGAAGAAUCGCGCGUGUGAACUGCUUUUGAAGCAGCGCGUCGAGCAGAAACAAUUGGCUACUGGCCUCAUUCCCGGCGGGUCCAGUUCGGCGUCCUCGCUGCAGCAACAGUUGGACAGCAAACUCUUUGUCACGAAAGUCGACAAUCCCCGCCAGCCCUUUGUUCCUCAAAGUGUCCUGGAUGCACAGAAAGAGAGAGAGCAGGAUGAGGGUGACGUUGCUGUUCGGCAACCGAGGCGCGUCCUGGAGAGAGACUUGGAGGAAGAACAAGGAGGCAGCGGAGUAUACAGUGUGGAUCUACGAAAAUCGCACAUUUUGGCUAAGGAAGAGUGGCGAUACGACGUGGUGCCGGAGUUUUUGAACGGGCAAAAUGUCCGAGAUUUCGUGGACGUCGACAUCGAGGAGAAACUCAAACUCCUGGAAGAGGAGGAAGCUCUUCUUCUUCAACAACAAGAAAUGGAGAGACCCGAUUUAGAGGAUCAGCUGGAUAACUUGGCGUCUCUGAAGAUGGAAAUGGCCAAACUCCAUUUGGGAAUCAAGCGACAGCGGCUGAUGAAUUGCCUGAAGAAAAAGCGCAAUGGACCGCGCCUGCUGAAGAAACCGAAGACAAAACUCCAGGAGAUCCGCGAGAAGAGGCGCCUGGAGGCCGCUUCCAGCCUGGCAGGAGACGGCGCAAGCGUGACGGAUGCGAUGUCCGAAGCUCAGAGCACAGCUGCUUCGACGGAUCGGGGCACAGAGGCGAGCUCCACAAUCCGAGGAAGAACUCUUGAGAGGAGCGCGCGUCGCGGUCGAUCGCCGUCUGCGGAUGGUGCAGACGGAGACGAAGAUGGUCACGGGAGACUGAAGAAGAAGAUUCGGGCUAUGAGCCGGUCUCGUUCCGUGCAGCCGACGGCCCGUCAGCGAGCGGCGAGCCGAGCGCGUUCAGCGAGUCGAACGGGAGAAGGUGAAGAAGAGGAACGCGAACAAGGGCCCGCAGCUCUUGGUCAGAUUCGAAGACUUGGUGGUGUGGCUCAGAGAAAGGCAAGGAAAAUGAAGAUUGCAGCUGACCGUCCAAUUCGAGGCCGAGCGGGAGAAGCCGACCGACACAUCAGCGUUAAAAUGCCCAAGCAUCUGUUCUCUGGAAAGCGCAGCAAUGGCAAAACUGACAGACGAUGA